AUGGCAGAAACGAUUCCAGUCACGAGCAGUGACAAGAUUCUCCUCUAUUUCCCCGAAGAUCCCCACGAGGAUUGGAUCGCGCGCGUCAAGGCAGCGCAUCCGGGCCUGCAAAUAGAAUGGUACCGGUCCAUCACUCCCGAGGGAGUCAGCGUGCCCUUUGAGCAGAUCCCCUCGCACGUCUGGGAGGGUCUCACCAUGUUUUGUGGCUUUCCCGCCCCGCCGGCCAACCUGCUGCGCAGCUUGCGCUUUGUCCAGUUGACGUCUGCCGGCGCCGACAAGUGGGUGCAACAUGCCAGCUACAAGGAUGAAAAGGUCAUGUUUUGCACCUCGAACGGCAUUCACGGUCCCCAAAUUGCAGAGUGGGUGAUUGGCACAUGGCUCUCGCAUCAACACCACUUUUCGCGGUUUGAGGCUCAGAUGAAGCGAGCAUACUGGGAACCCGUCUAUGCUUCAAAAAUAGAAGAUUCAACAGGGACAAGAAUGGGUAUCUUGGGUUAUGGUGCGAUCGGUAGGCAAUGCGCCCGCCUAGCCGACGCAAUGGGCAUGGAGGUCUAUGCAUAUACGCGCACCGAAAAGGCCACAGCCGAGUCUCGCAAGGACGACAGCUACUGCGUGCCCAAGACGGGCGACCCCGACGGGCUGAUUCCGACAAAAUGGUUCCACGGCGACUCGCGCGAGGCCGUGGACAACUUUAUCAGCCAGGACCUGGACAUUCUCGUCGUGAGCCUGCCGCUGACCGAGUCGACGCGGCGCAUCAUCUCGAGCCGCCAGUUUGCCAUUAUGAGCAAGAAGAAGACGUUUCUGAGCAAUAUCGCUCGCGGCGGCCACGUCGACCAAGACGCUCUGAUCCAUGCGCUAGAGACGGGGCUCAUCCGGGGUGCCGCUGUGGAUGUGACUGACCCCGAGCCGCUGCCUAGCGAUCAUCCGCUAUGGAAGGCCCCGAAUCUGUUGAUUACUCCACAUGUCAGCUGGCUGAGCAACCACUAUUGGGACCGUAUACUCGACAUUCUAGAAAUCAACCUGGGGAGACUAAGUCGUGGGGAGGCUCUAAUCAAUGUGGUGAAUCGUCAGCACAACUACUAG